UGAAGGUGUGGAAAGAGCAGCUGCGAGAAGCGGAAAAAUCAUCAAAAAACGACAGUUGUUCACGGAGGUUACUACAGAAAGACCCUUGGUUCUGGAAAAUGGAUCACAAUUACAACCACUAUAAAUAAAACAAAAAAAAACAAAAAAACAAAAGAACCCCAUUAUAGAAAUAAAAAAAAAAGAAAAUGCCGACAAGAAUGGUAACAUACUUGAGAGAAAGAACUGUGUAUGUGGCAGUUCUUGUAGAGGGGCCAAGAAAAAGGAGGAGCAGUUCAACAAAUAACAAAUAUCAUCAUCAUCAGCACCAUCAACAUCUUCAUGUUAGACAUGUUGCUAAUGGUGGAGGAUACAAUAGAAAAGCUCAGCUUCUUGAAUACUCAAGAAAUCUUCGAGCUUCGCCUCGAUCACAGCCAUCAACACCUCUGGUUCCAAAGCCAGUCCAAAGACAGAAUUCUCAGAUUGUUGCAGUGAAAAACAAGCCCAAACAUGUAACCUUUCCAACUUGUAUGGGAAACUGGAAAUUUGUUAUGCCAAGGUUCCUCAGAUCAUUCACGUCUCAGAAUAAGAAAUCCAAGAAAAAGAAGAAUAUGGCUUCUAAAACCAAUAAAAUAAAAGCCAUGGUGAAAAGUUUUCAAGUUCAAAGAAAGCCUGGCCUUUUCUCCAAAUUUUUUGCCUCGCUACGAAACAGUCGUCGAUGAACAGACUCAUCACCUAAGUCCAACAAUCAUGGUGUUCAAAGGUCCAUCAAUUAACAAACUGAAGAGUGAUAAUUGCUAUAAAUCUUACUUGCAUGUUCCCUUUUCAUUUCAUUUUACUUCUUUUUCUUUCCCCUAUUUAGAAGAAGGUCACCUGAAUGAAUUUCGCUAAUUUAGGUAAACUGCAUUACAGUCAAUCUUAGUCUGAUUACAGUGUAUGCUAAAAUGCAAAACUUUAUUUAUUGAAGAUAUAUA